GGACCUGAUUGUCCGGACUGAAGUGGUCUGGAUCGCAGCCAUCUGUGCUCUAGUGGUCAUUAAAGAACAGGGAUGAACCCUGAACUGGAGGCGGUGGACAUCAUCGGCCAAUAGGAGCCAUCAUUUGCUAAAAACAAGAUAGUACAUUUUAAAUUAGGCUACAUUCCUUUCUUUGUACAUUCAUGCCAAAUUUCUGGAAUUCCCUUUGUUCCAAAUAUCGCAUGACUUAUUUUGAAAAUCCCUACCGGAAGUGACUGAGUGUUUCACAGUAAACUUGACGGUUGCGCACACAGCUGCGGAGGGGCUGACAUCUCUGCACGUCCAGCUCUGUGUUUAGACACCGACGUGGAUACACCACCUCACCGGCUCUGGCUUUAAAUAUUUCAUUUCAGCGCUUUUUGAUUUUUGAUUUUUUUUUUUUAAACCCCACCUUCAUGGAAUUUGAAAAAAAAAAAAAAACGGGAUGAAAACGUCUGAAGUGGAGUUUAAAUGAAGUCUUUCUGUUUUUCUUCCACCGGAGGAGAAUUUAAAGAUGAAAAGUUUGCUCCUUGUCAUGCUGUGUUUCUCCACCUGUCCGCUCAUGGUGGCCGGACGACACCCGACCUGUAACUUCAUGUUGGAGGUGGAGAGAGACCAGGUGGAGUGUCUGCGGAGGCUGAAGGAGGAGGAGGAGUCAGCGGGCAGUAAUACAGGGUCGGGAUGUAAAGGCGAGUGGGACAACAUUGCAUGCUGGGAGAGAGCUGAGUCCGGAGAGACUAUCACCAUCCCGUGUCCCCGAGUUCUCAGGACAGUUUUUGGCAGAAAUGGUAACAUUAGCAGGAACUGCUCGUCAGGGGAAUGGUCGGAUGUUUUCCCGAACAUCUCCAACGUGUGUGGGUCAGACACCAGUAAGGACAAGCUGGUCUUCUAUGUGGUCGUGCAGACGCUGUACACUCUGGGUCACAGUCUGUCGCUGAUCGCUUUAACCACAGGGAGUGCCAUCCUCUGUCUAUUCAGAAAGCUCCACUGCACCAGGAACUACAUCCACCUCAACCUCUUCUUCUCCUUCAUCCUGAGAGCCGUGGCGGUGUUGGUGAAAGACGACAUCCUCUUCAACAGGAACUCGCAGUGCUCCAACCAGCCGUCUCUGGUUGGAUGUAGAGCCAGCCUGGUGUUUUUCCAGUACUUCAUCAUGGCCAACUUCUUCUGGCUGCUGGUGGAGGGCCUUUACCUCCACACUCUGCUCGUCGUCAUCUUCUCCGAGAACAGACGCUUUAUCAUCUACAUGUUCAUCGGCUGGGGAAUCCCAACGGUGUUCGUCUUUGCAUGGGUGAUGACGAGGGUCUACUUGGAAGACACUGGAUGCUGGGAAAGAAAUGACAACCCUAUACCCAACUGGGUAAUCAAUGGACCAAUUGGAUUCUCUAUUAUGGUGAACUUCAUUCUGUUCAUCAGCAUCAUCCGCAUCUUGGUUCAGAAGCUGAGGUGUCCAGACGUGGGUGGAAAUGACCAAUCGCAAUACAGGAGGUUGGCCAAAUCCACUCUCCUGCUCAUCCCUCUCUUUGGGAUCCAUUAUGUGGUAUUCGUGUCUCUCAGUGAAUCCAUUGCAGAAGAUUACAAAAUAUUCUUUGACCUGGCCCUCGGAUCCUUUCAGGGUCUGGUCUUGGCCAUUCUGUACUGUUUCCUCAACAGUGAGGUUCAAGGUGAGCUGAAAAGGAAGUGGCGGAGUAUUUGUCUGAACUGUCGUCUGAGCAGAGCGCACCACCUGAACAGCACCCUCACCUCCAGGAAUGGUUCGGAGCACAUGGUGCACUUUCACAGGAACUCCAGAACUCAGUCCAUCCUACAGUCAGAGACGACGGUGCUGUGAGGGGAAAAAAAUAGUCCACCUGGGUUGAACAAUUUACAAAGUAAAUGUGAAUGUGAAGUCACGAUCCACAUGGUCGGGAGCUGCACAUUACUUCAGAGCAGAUUUUGGUUUUAGCUUUACAAAUCUCUGCAAGCCUUCAAAUGGACCUUAAGUGGACCUUCGGCCUGUCUCGGCCAUCCCAUGACUGUGUUUUUGUUUGAUGCAAACAAGGAACCAUUUUCAUUUUUAUAUGCCAUGACCAGAUGUACAGUUACGUUUAUUGAUUUGACAGGACCUGUGCUCAUGUGUUUGGCAAGAAAUAUACCUCCAUUAUGUUACAUAUUUGAUAUACACCUGUUAAAUAUAAUUAUAUAUAUGUGUGUGUGUAUAUAGGAGUGCUAUUCUCCUAAUCAUGGUUAGUAUCACAGUAGCAGCCAUGUCAGGGUCAUUAUAUUAUGACCGUGUGGUUGCUGCAAUUAAAAAAACUUAAGGGAGAAAAAAUGUAUUUGAUAAAGCCUGGCACUGUUUUUGUUUGCAAGUUUAUUUAGCCGUUAAGACAUAUACACUCCUGAAAAUAUCUAGACAAUUUCAGGGGGACUGCUCUUGAUAUUCUCCUGACCUGGCUGUUCACAUACGCUCCUCAAAGCGGGAGACUAUCACUGUCAGAUGGGGUUUUGAAAUUUGAUUUGAUACAACUUCAGACCUUGAGCUGUGCUGGAAAUUAUUCAUUUAUGGUGUUAUAUGCAAUAGUACUAUACAGUGUUGGGUAUGUUUCAAAUUGGUUUAUGUUGUGAAAAAAAGAAGCUUAAAGUCAACAGUCUGUGAUCUACAUUUUUAUUUGCACCAGCUGAGGCGAAGAAGAGUUAAAGGAGAGGGGCCCAGUGUAUACAGAAACCUAAAAGAUAAUUACUUUAUUAUGAAAGGAACUAAUGUUGGAUUUUGUUCAUGCAGCAAGUGUCACGCUUUUGCCUGUUUGCAUUGAUUUUUGUGUUCUUGAUUCUAAAGUGAAUUUUGUCAAGAGAUGACAAGAAAAAAGUAAAAGCUUGCUUAGUGCAACGUGACCUAUAUGUCUUUUACAUGUCGUUUUUCACUGUCGCAACAAGACAAAAAAAAUCUGGUGACACUUGAC